GUGAUCUUGCACCGCCAGAAGUUGACCUGACGACAUGGGCUUUUGGACAGGUACAAAAGUCCAGCUGCUUGGGACAAAGCUUCCAUGCGGUCAUACUUUUCGAUCUGGAGGAGAUUAUGCCAGAAACGCUGUGGGCAGCCAUCGAAGCUGUGUGUGGAGGGGGCAUUGUUUGCUUUGUCAUGCCAGAAGCAAGUUCUGUUUCCAGGCAUGGCUUUUGUCCUCGGUUGAUGGCAGCCUUACAUGGGGAGGCAGGCUGUUGGCAUGGCGACGCGCACCUGAAUGUUCUGCGGCCCGGAUCCCUGAAAAGCAACCCCAGCAGCAUCGCCGUGGCAGAGGAUCUGGAGCGCUCGGACCUGGUCCCAGGAGCGGAUGACAUGCUGGAGCUUGGGGCUUUACAGGCUUUGGCUUGCACGGCAGACCAGCGCUAUGCCUUGAGAACUGCCCUCAAGGCAUUGAUUGAUGGGAAGGAACAUCCGCAAGUGGUUGUAUCUGGUAGGCGUGGCCGUGGAAAGUCAACCAUCGUGGGUUUGAUCAUUGCGGGGGUGAUUGCCAGGAGCAGUUUCACUUCUGUCAUCGUUGCGGCCCCAUGUCCCGACAAUGUGUCAGAACUGCUGCUGUCAUGCCGCCGUGGGCUGGAAGCGCUGGGCAUAGGCUGCAUCGCAUUGGGCGCUCAUGGUUUCUGUGCGCACGGCCGCGUAGAUUCCGGUUGUGAAGCCGUUCAAGUGGUGGUGGUCAGGGCUGAGAACGCUCACCCACUGCUUUCUGCCUUUUCUGCUAUGGGCCAUCGUGUGCUGCUCGUAAUGGACGAGGUGGCAAGUGUGCCAAUUACAAUGUGGAAAUCUCUCGCGUCUGCAUCAGUAGAGGCCAUGAUCCUGGCCGGCACAACAUCGAGCUGUGAGGGUACCGGUUGUGCUAUCGAGUGGAAAGUCUUGCUGGAUGGCAGCACUUCCAAAGGGCUGAAGCAGGUACGGCUGGUAUUGGAGGAGCCUGUGCGCUACGGACGUGGAUGCCCGGUCGAAGCUCUCCUGGAUUCUCUGCUCUUCUUGGGUGCCGGUGCUGACAUCCCGCUGCAUGACAUCGAGACAUGCUGUGAUCCACGUGACGCGCGGCUCUGGGCGCUGGACUGUCCUGCCAUGGUUGCGGGCCAUGGUGAGUUCGCCACAGCCGUAUCAGCACUUCUACAGACGCACUACCGCACAUCUGCGAGCGAUGUCACGAACAUGCUGGUGCAAGAGUACAUGCGGGCCAUGGUUCUGGUUCCGAGUGAGGCACCAGGACCAGGACAGCAACGAAGGCCGUUAGUUGUCUUGGUUUGCAUUCUCGAAGCUCCAGAGCUGCUGCCAGAUGACCGUGGGUCUAGCCGCGUGUCACGCUCGCACCUGACAACCUUCGCUUUGGAGCAGGACUUCCCAGAGUUUAGCCUCGGAAGGGUGCGAGGCUUGCGUGUCGCACGCAUUGUGUGCGAUCCACGUCUACGUGGCCGGGGCUUCGGAAGUGAGGCUUUGCAGCAGCUUCUCAUCCAUCUCAAUAGUCCGAGUGUUCCCGAGGCAUCCUGUGUAGAGGACGAAGCCAGCUCAUUCUUGAGACCUCUAAACUUGCCUUGCUGUGCCUGGCUGGGUGCAUCUUUUGGUCUAACGGCGCCUCUCCUUCGGUUUUGGUCUCGCUUGGGCUUUCAACCAAUUGCACUGUCGCCAGCUUUGAAUCCACAGACAGGCGAAGUUUCGGUCGUGAUGUUGCGGCCGCUUCAUGGAGCCGGUGCUUCCCUGGAGGCAAGGCUGGCGUCGAUCCCGCUGGAGUUCAAGAGGCGCCUCGUCCAACGGUUGCCCGCCGUAGACCGUUCAGUUCCGGUCUCCCUUCUGGCCGCUGUGCUGUCGCUAAACAAGCCGAACACAGCACAGACCCUGAGGUUGGCUGCGUGCGACCUGUCUCAGCUACAGCGUCUCUUGCAGUCCCGUGAUCCGCUUCCAGGCUUGGCCCAUUCUGGUGAGCUACUUCGACAUCUCUGCGAGGCAUACUUCCUGGGUUAUCUGACGCCUCUGCAGCUUCAGAGGGAGGACGAGGGGUUACUGGUGGCCUUUGGUCGCCUUUCCCGUGAUCCUGCUUCCGAAGUUGAUCUCACGGCCAACCUGGCGGCACUUGCAGCCAAGCGAAUUGCCGGUGAGGUGGCCAAGACACUGGGAGAAGGUCUCGGCAAGGAGGUCAAGGUUUGUCUCCGCAAGACCGAUCAUGAUGGGCAGGAAUGGUGUGCCUGGCUGCCUGCAAUUCAACACACGCGCAGCGGUCCCACGGUCUUCAAGUCUGCCGGCUCCGAUGUGGAUAUGCUUCUCCAGCUGAGCACCAGCUGGAGAUAUCCAGUUGAGGCAGAAUGUGGGGAGCUGGUCGUUCGGGGAGGCCUCUGCAAGACAUGGACCGGAGAAGUUGCGACGGGCCUUUGGCAGUUGGAGGCACAGAUCUUCCACAGAUGGCAAGUACAGGAGUUUCAUUGCGAACUGCUUGGGGUCGGAGCGGCCGAGAGAGCUUUCCAGCUAGAGAAGCCAAUCGAGCUGCCUGUGCAGCUCGCUGGCCCUGUGCCCAAUCCUGCAGAUGUUUACUUGCACAUCUGCUUCUUCGAGACCUUCAUGUCCUCUUAUUCUGCAUGGGGACCUUGGAGCAGCACUUGGCUGCCUCUGUCAGCUAUGGCCCAGCCCGAAGCUCAUCUCCAGACGUGGUUGAUGGAAGAAGCAUUGCAGAAGUGGAGCCAAGGCUCCAUGUUUGCUCCACCUGGCAAUACCCCUUGCUGCACAACGGGUCCAAGCCGGAUCGGGACACUUGCCGCUGCUCUUGACCUGUCGCCAGCCGCAGCGUGGACGUGGCCUCUUGAAAUUGGCCAGCUUGACGAUGCCCGAAGGGCGUCGAGGCUCCUCGCCAAGUACGUGUGGACGGCUCGGAUUGUAGGCUCUGGCUCAGAGCAGCUCAGUGGAAGCAACCAUGGCGACUCCAUGCAGGAGUCGGGAUUGUCAGGAAUCACAGACAGGUACGGCUCCAACAUAAUGGAUGAGCCGGACGAUCCAGAUGAAGUGGGGGGCACAGCUUCAAAGGAGGCAUCCUUCGAAGAGAAGGAAGCAGCGGGCACGUCUGAACUGAACAAGUACCUUUCCGUGUAUGAUCAGACCUUUGACAAAAUCCAAAUUCCUCCAGAUGUGGUGGAAGAGACGCAAGCGUGUCUGCGCCUCGCUGGCAGUGAGCUCACGAGUUUCUGUUGUGCUGCCUGGGCAGCCUUCAUCGCCGUGAUGGGCAGCAAAGAAGCAGCGGGCGAGGCCAUUUACUCGACAGUUUUCGAAGCCGCACCCAGCCUUCAGGUGCUGUUCAAGACUCCGAGAUCUGUGAUUGCGCUUCGUUUUGCGAACGCCUUGGCUGCGCUGGUAAAUGCCGCCGGCAAGCCUGGGCAGCUCAAGACGCAAGUGGAGACCAUAGGCUUCCAGCACCUGGACAUUGAAGUCAGCAGUCCACGUGUGGACAUUUUCCGUGAAGCUAUUCUGGAACUUUUCGACCAGGAGCUCGGCCCACGACUUACCGAUCAAGCCAGAUUCGGCUUCCAGCUGUUGCUAAACUAUACAGGAGGAGCCCUCAUUUACAUCAGACGAGAGUAUGCCAGCAGAAUUCGAAUCAUCCAGACCAGCUGGAAGUCUGCCAACAAAAAGGCGGCAGGAAUUUCAGACGUGGCAGAACCUGCAGAGAUGAAGACCCCUUCGGGGAGGUUGAAAGGCAAGUCAGGCGAAAUGGGAGAUGACAACGACUCACUUAUUGGAGAUGCUGAUGGAGAGGGCGUGGCCAUCACAAAACAGACCGAUGGCAUGAUGGUUCCCAGCUCGUUCAACGACAUGUUUUUGUUCAAUGCAGCUGUCAUGGGCUUAACGAACCAUGACUGGAUGACAUUGAUCCUGGACCAGCUUGAUGCCAUCGCGAACAAUGUGGCCAACCCCUACCGUCUGCAGGAGGAAUGCGACGUCCUUGCAUUGGUGCUUUCGAAAUACCAGGGCACUUUCGUGCUGUCGGAGUUCAAAGCCGUUGUCCUGGCAUCUUUGCGGUCCUUAGUCUCUACUGAAUGGGAUUCCGAUCACGAAGUGGCCUGGAAUUGGCUUUGGCAGAACGUGGAGCGAUUGCUGAAACAAGUUCUUGGCAAGCCUCCGGUUCAUGAAAAGGCACUUUCGGAUUUGUUUAUGAGCCUUCCCGAAGCCUCGAUGGCAGCCAUUCGGCAAGAAUUUUUCUUGCACUUCUUCAAAGUGGCACCGGCUGGCUCUGACUUCUUUAAGCAAUCAUCGACGAGACUGUACUUCAUCGCAGACAAGAUUAUCGAACUCACCUUGGAGAUGUAUCGGCAGCCGCGUGCGAUGGUUGAGGAUAUCUCAGGGCUUGGCCUCCGCCACGUUGGAUAUUCGAUUCCGUCCGAACUGUUCUCUCCCUUCGUGACAUCUGCUGUGGAUGUGUUUCGGGAAAUCACCGCAAGCGAGACGGCCAUAGCGGGGUUUCAGUGGUCCCUCACUCUGGUCUCCAAGAUCCUGGUAAGGGCAAUUUCAGAAGGAUCCACAGUUGUGAUGAAGGCAAUUAGCACGAAUGACGAGAUCAGCCUGAAGAAGGGCAUGGCCUUGUCGCCUCGGGGCAAGAGGGCCCAGGAUCUCCUCAACAUUUCGGUGGGUGCCCAAUCAAUCUCGCCCUUCUAUUGGUCCAUAAAGAGUGGAAACUUCAAUAGCGCAAAAGCCAUACUGGACGACUUGCUGACAAUUCGAGCCGAUCGCGAUGUCUACUAUUUCGCAUGUGACGACCUGUUUACUCGGCAUCCUGAUGUCGUGCAGUUCUUGAUCACUGAUGUGCCGGUGCUGCUUCGUCCACUUUUCAGCGGCCUUGUCUGGAGAUCUCGGUGGAUCAACAGAGGCACCAGGCGAGUCAAUUACUACGUCAAGCACCUGGUUCAGGACUUGGAAGGGAACCCGAAUGAGACACUCAGUUGGCUGGAAGAGCACGGCGAUCCCGACAUCAUCAGCCAUCCUGCAGUAGUUUUCUUUUCAGAUAUUCUCUGGGACGGCAUCAGCAAGUUCCAUUUUCUGCGGGGUAGAAUCCACUUCCUUGUCUCCUUCAUCGUGUUCUUAGUCAGCCAGUCUGUUCUGUCAGCCGUGGAUGAUGCAGAUCGAUCUGAAGCCCUGCGAAUAGCACUUUUCUCCUGCCGCAUGUUUAUCUAUGUUUUCUGCAUGAUGAAGAUGGUCCUCGAUCAGAUCCGAAUGUUCUGCGCAGACUGCAGAGGAGGCUAUGUGGAGCGGUAUUGUCGGAUACCAAUCCCGCAUUACUUGCAGGAAUGGCAGGGCUUGGGGGGCUUGAUCCUUCUUUGGCUCCUGGUCAUUAUGGCAACGCAAGAGCCGAUGUUCUGGUGCCUGGGUGGGAGCGAGACCCUCUUCACGACAGCUUGUGCUGAAGGCUUGGCCCGCAGGCGGAUGUAUUCUGUGUUCUCCAGUUUGGCAAUGAUUCUGUUCUGGGGCCUGCUUGUGAACCUCUCCGUCUUCUCAAUGCGCAUUUCUGCAUUCAUCCUGGUAUGUGGCCGUGUCCUCUCUGAGGUUGGCCUUUUCUUGUUGGCUUUCGUCUUCAUCAUCUUGGCCUCAGCCUCAUCCAUCAGCGCGCUGGAGCAAGGCGGCCAGAGUGAUGAGGACUUCUCAGGAAUUCCAUCGGGCUCGUUAACAUUGGCUGAGAUUGCCCUCAACAUCUACUCCGGGGCGGCCCUGAAUUCUCUCCGAAGUGAUAUGGUCUUGCUUUUUCUGGUCUAUGCGUUCUGCAUCCUCGUCACCAUCUUCCUCGUGAGCUUGCUGGUGGCACAACUGAACCAAGCCUACCAGCACGGCUUCAAAGACAUGCAAGGCUUCGCACGCUUAAACCGGGUUCAUAUUAUUGUGUACACCUUGGAGAACAUGUCGAGCAAGAGCUGGACCCGUUUUCUGGAGUCGUUGCACUUCGACGAACGGCUUGAGUUCAACGAGGGCGAUGUCGGGGUGGCGGGAGGCAUUCAGGUACUCGAGCCGGCCAGUCAGCACCCGACCAGUGUUGAGUCCAUCCGCCGCUACGGGGGCUCGACUGCACCGACCAUGCCAUGGCCCGAAGAGCCAGGCGAUUACGGACAGGAGGAUAAGUUCGAGAAGCUAGAGAAGCUGAUCAUCCGAACAACGAAGAACCUGAACAAGGGACGCGACAAGCAGAGACGGGGUGGUGGCGGCCAGAGUGGCGCAUCGUCUAUGGCCAUGUCAGAAGAGGCGACAGAGGACGCGGCCGAGGCCGAGGGAGAUGAGCUUGGAGAUGCUGAGGAGGACACGGACAAGAACAUCCAGAAACAUUUGGAAGUGCAUGAUGCGACCUUCGAGGCGUAUUUUCCGCUCGAUGUCAUGCAGGAAGUUCUUCCCUUACUCGAGGUCCAAGACGCAUGGCACAUUUUCAUUACCCAACUGAACGGUCGCGACGCAGCAGGAGAGGCAAUCUACGCGGCAGUCUUCGAUGCGGCCCCAAGCCUGCAGAGCCUCUUCAAAACAGCCAGGUCAGUCAUGGCGAUGCGCUUCAUGAACGGCCUUACCUCGAUCGUCUCAGCUGCGAACAAUCCGCAGCUGCUCAAGACACAAGUGGAGAGCCUUGGCUUCCAACAUUUGGACCUGGAGGUGACCGUUCCGAGAGUGGGCAUCUUCCGUGAGGCUAUCGUGGAGCUCUUCGAAAUGGAAUUGGGUGUCCGCUUCUCAACGAAGGCGAAACUUGGGCUCCAGGCCGUACUGAAUUAUGCUGGUGGCGCCUACAUUUAUAUUCGUCGCGAGUAUGCCUCCCGAAUUCGGAUAAUACAGCGGAGUUGGAAGACUGCGAAUAAGUCUUCUCCUGGCGAGGAGGACGGAGAGGAAGCUCCACAGAAGUCGGGAGACCAGACAGAGGAGGCCAAGCAAGAAGAGGAGACACAACCACAGCAGCCGGAGACUACAGCCACACAAGAAGCUCACUCUAAAGAAGUCCAGGGUCAGCCGUCUAGCAAGACCAUGGCAUCCGGAAAAGACGGAAAGGCUCCGGUGAAGGUUCCAACUACCUUCAGCGAAAUGUUCUUGUUCAAUGCGGCCGUGAUGGGCUUUGCUGAAAGCUCCUGGAUGACAUUGAUUCUCGACCAGUUCCACAACAUCGUGACCAAUGUCGCCAACUCCUACCGUUUGCAAGAGGAGUGCGAUGUGCUGACACUUGUGCUUGACAAGCACGAGGGGCAAGUUCACCUGUCGGAGUUCAAGGCGGUGAUGCUGUCAUCUUUGCGCUCCCUGGUCCCGAAAGAAUGGGAUUCCGAACAUGAGGUAGCAUGGAAUUGGUUGUGGGAGAACGUCGAGCGCAUGCUCAAGUCCCACAUGGGCAAGCCUCACAGCCAAGAGAAGGCCUUAGAGCGAUUUAUUUCUGGUCUUUCACCUGACGAUGUUACACAGCUUCGGCGCCACAUCUACCAGAAGUUCUUCCAGGUCGCCCCGGCAGGGCAAGACCAUUUUAAACAGUCUACCACCAGACUGUACUUCAUCGCAGACAAAAUCUUCGAAAUGACGAUGGAAAUGUUUCACAGCCCUCGUAUGAUGGUGGAGGACAUCUCAGCUCUGGGUCUACGACACGUAGGCUAUGCCAUCCCGACGGAGCUCUUCGCUCCUUUUGUGAGCUGCGCUGUGGAAGCCGUGCGUAUGAUGACCACGGACGAGGUUGCAGAGGCUGCCUUUCGUUGGUCCUUGACGCUGAUUUCCAAGAUCUUGGUGCGCACCAUCCUUGAGGGAAGCACCAUCGUGAUGAAAGCCAUCAACACGAACCAAGCGAAAGCUCUCAAGAAGGCAGUGGCUAUUGCUCCACGAAGCAAGCGCGCAAUGGAGCUGUUGAACAUUACGGUGGGUACCCAAUCCAUCUCUCCUUUCUAUUGGGCCAUCGAAAGUGGUAGUUUGGAGUGUGCCAGAGCCAUGAUCCAGGAUUUGCUCACGAUCCGUGCCGACAGAGACAGCUACUACUACGGUGUUGAUCAUUUAUUCACAAGACACCCCGAAGUUGUUCAACGCCUCUGUGCCAUCGCUCCGCAGCUCCUUUGGCCUCUUCUGGACGGGCUAGUCUGGCGGUCUCGGCAGGCCCUGGGUGGAAGACGCCGCGUGAACUACUAUGUGAAGAAUUUGGUGCAGGAUCUUAACAGCAACUUCAACAUGGCUCUGGAGUGGCUUGUGGAACGACAUGACCCCAAGAUCAUUUGCCAUCCAUGCGUUGUCAUCUUCGCGGACCUUUUGUGGACUCGGCUGGCGCAGUACAAUUUUCUUUUGAGCCGAUGCUACUUCCUGUUCUCGCUAUGUGUUUUCAUCGCAGGCCAAGCAAUCCUUGGAAAAACCGAUGCGACUUUCGAAGAGCGUGUUGCGACGUUUUGCUGUCGAAUCUUCAUCUAUCUUGGCAGCAUGUGCCGCAUUCUCUACAGUCAGAUUCGACUCUUCUACGAAGACAUCAAGGCUGGCGCUUUUGAGCGCAUAUACAGGAUCCCGAUUCCAAUGUAUUUGCUCAAUCCGCAAGACUUUGGCAACCUCAUCCUGCUGAUCAUCCUCAUGCUCAUGUGCGCACAGGAGCCAAUAUUUCAUUGCUUGUCGCACACAGAAGAAUUUGGCCUCUUCUCCGUCAAGUGUGCAGACCGGGGGCACAAGGACAUCUACGCAGUAUUUUCCGGUGUGGCAAUGCUCCUGUACUGGCUCCUCCUCAUCAACUUCAGCAUCUUCUCCAUGCAGAUCUCGGCAUUCGUUCUGGUGUGUGGCCGAGUGCUGACAGAGGUUUUCCUUUUCUUGCUGGCUGCCGUCUUCUUGCUUAUCUCCUUCGCAACGGCUAUUGCGGCAAUGAACCACAGCUUGAAGGAUUUCAGUCGUAUCGACAAAGGAAUGGAGUCGCUGCUCGAAAUGACACUCAGCAUGUAUCCGAAUGAGGCCCUCAAAGAGGUUCUGACACAGUCCGUGUGGGUGGAGAUUUGUAUCGUGCUGUUCACGAUCCUGAUGUCGAUCGUGUUUCUCAACCUGUUGGUGGCGCAGUUGAACCAGGCGUACAGCUUGGUUCAUGAAGAUAUGCAAGGAUAUGCACGCUUGACCCGCGGAAGCAUCAUCGUCGCCACAGUUGAAUCAAUAUCGCGCAAACGUUGGAACGGCUUUUUGCAGAGCCUCGGCUUCGAUCAGCGCUUGGAGUUCAACGAGGGCGAUAUCGGCCUGGCAGGCGGCAUCCAGGUCUUCGAGCCGGCAAACGCCAACCCGACAACGGUGGAGACCGUGAGGCGCUUUGGUGGAUCCACGGCACCAGGCGUUCCCUGGCCAGAGGAUCCUUUGGAUGUGGGAGAAGAGGAUCGCUUGGAGAAACUCGAGAAGAUCGUGGUGAAAGCCAUGAAAACGAUCACGGACAAGAAGGGCGGCUCCAUGGGCACCGGAUUUUCGGGAGUGUCGGGUUUCCCGUCGUCAACAUCUGGAAGUGGACUCAGCUCUGGAGCUGGAUCCUCUGAUGGAGCUGGAAGAAGCGGGAUGAGCGUGGAAUUGCAGAAGCCAGCGAACGAUAGUCCAUUCCCCAUGAUGAGGGAACUGCAGAAUUCUGCCAUGGCGCAGCUUGUUCUUCUUGAUGUAGCCUCCACACCAAGCCAGGUGCAGAAGGCAGUGCAUGCAUCUUUGAUAGCCUGGCGCGAGCCGCGCUUGGCGACUAAAGCUUUGAGCCAGCUCAAGAAGCAGAAGAAAGGAGCCAUUGCAGCGCAGGUUCUUGGUGCCAUGCGCCAUCUCACCUGUGAGACUUCAUCUUUCCACUUCAACACGGUGAUAAGUGCCUGUGCUGAGAGCGGUCUCUGGCAGCUGGCACUACAUGUUCUGAGCAGCAUGCGCAAGUUGACCGCAGAGCAGAACAUCAUUAGCUUCAGUAGCUGCAUUGCAGCUUGCGACAGCUGCAGCCAAUGGCAGUGCGCUUUGCAUUUGCUUGGGCUUUCAUCAUCCACACGACUUCAGCACUCCAUCAUAACUUACAACAGUCUUGUCAAUGCAUGUGCGGCAGCUUCAAAGUGGCAACUGGCUUUGCACCUCUUUUGGCUGUCGUUGGAGUUGUCGUUGCUUCCAACUGUGGUAAGCUAUGGCGCUGCAAUCAACGCAUGUGAGAAAGCUGGGGAGUGGAAACGCGCCUUCUCAUUGCUGCACACUGCCCAAACAUCUGGAAUUAGCCCGAACACAAUCAUGUACGAUGCUUGCAUCAGCACCUAUGGCAAGGGUGGCCAGUGGCAGAUGGCCUGCCUUCAUUUGAGCCGCAUGGCUAUGGCACAGGUGAAGCGGAUAGACAUCAGUUUCAAUUCUGCCAUAAGUGCCUGCGAGAAGAAUAGCUACUGGAAGGCGGCGCUGGGAGUGCUUGGUGGGAUGUCCGCAGAAGAUGUGGCGAAAGACUUCAUCAGCUUUGACUCUAGCAUCAGUGCUUGUGAGAAGUCAGGCCGGUGGAAUGAAUCAGUGGAUUUGCUUGGCUCGAUGCGCUGCCAAACGGUCGAAUGCAUAGCCCCUUUGCCACACCCUUCGCUGUGUUUCUUCUUCAAUCAACGUUCUGCCUGCCUUGUUCAGAACGUGUUGCACGUGCUUCGCAGAAGCAUCGCCAUAGCAACGAAGGUGAUCUCCUACAACUCCCUCAUCAGUUCUUGUGAGAAGGGUGGGCAAUGGGAUCUGGCGCUUAGUGUACUUCGAAACUUGCGCUCCAAAUAUCUCGAUGCCACUGCCAUCAGCUUCAAUUCGUGCAUCAGCGCAUGCGAAGCUUGUGGAUGCUGGACGUUCGCCUUGCGUCUCCUUGACGACAUUUCUGAAGCAAGUUUGGUGCCCACCGGGGUCAGCUAUGGUGCAGCGAUUGGGGCCUGUGAGAAAGGGGAACAGUGGAAUUGGGCUUUGCGAUUUCUCACAGAUUGGCUCAAGAGCAGGCCUGAUGCCAACGAGGUUGUCCGAUUGAUUUUGACCCGUGCCUUCCAGCAGCGAUUCCUUCGAGGUGUGGAAGGAGUGCACAAGAGUGCACUUGGCACGACUCCAGAUGAGAAGACCAGCAUUUGUCUUUGCUCCGACAUGGCACCUGUCAAGACGUCGGCGGUCCAAUCGCUGCAGCUGAACAGCCGAGAGUGGCCAAUGUUGACCUCGGAGCCCGAGUGGGAGAUGGUAAGCAGCUCUGCCAAAGAGAUGGCAUUCGACGAGUUCCCUGUAGAUGAGACAGAGGCUCCAUCCUGGGCAGCUCGUCUAUGCACCCAGAAGGACAAAAUCACCAAGACCGACAAAAAGACGGCCACGAAUCAGUCUCUCAGAGACGAUAAAGAGGUCAGCUCGGAAUCCUGCCGGCAGGUGACUGAGGAAUGCUUCGAGGACGAUGAUGAUUGUUGCUAUCCGGAUGCGAAACAGCUUGCCCGUGAAAGUCAUUGCCGCCAAACCGGCAAGGGAGGACGCCAUACCAUGCGUGCUAAAGGCCACUGUCCCGUUCGAAAGAACUCGGAAGUGUCAGUCGUCGCAGCUUGCGGUGCUCAUCCACAGGAUGUUUCCCAACUGGCCAAUAUUUUGCGGCAAGUUCCUGUGCGUGAGGUGGUCAAGCAAGUCGGGGGAGCUUGCCGGGAAGUGAAAACUAGCGAGGCUAGGAAUGCCCUCCUUGGUAGUGCCAAGGUGUACGAUGUCACUGUACCUGUGACGGGCCCUACAGAUGACAUUGAUGUCACCUAUCGUGUCAUUGAAGAGGUUCGUGGUGGGGCAAAUCGAUCAACCCGCAAUCCCAAGUGCAGCGCCAGCCACACCACGGAAUCGUUUCAGUCGAGGAGCAAAGUACCAGAGUGCGCGCAGACCAGGAAGCAGCAGACGUGCAAGAAAGACAUCCAGGAGGGCAUGAACAUCAUGGGCUUCGCUUGA